UGCUAUGCGCGAAGAAUAUUGCCAAGAAGGACUUCUUCCGGCUGCCCGAUCCGUUCGCCAAGAUCACAGUAGAUGGCUCUGGUCAGUGCCACUCGACAGAUGUCUGCAAGAACACGCUGGACCCAAAGUGGAACCAGCACUAUGACCUGUACGUGGGCCACAAAGACUCGAUCACCAUCAGUGUGUGGAACCACAAGAAGAUCCACAAGAAGCAGGGGGCCGGCUUCCUGGGCUGUGUGCGGGUCAUGUCCAACGCCAUACAGCAGCUCAAAGACACGGGAUUUCAACGGCUGGACCUGCAGCGGCAAAACUCUGACGACACGGACACAGUGAGGGGCCAGAUCGUCAUCAGUUUGAUAUCCAGAGACAGGGGCGGCGGUGGAGGAGGGGGCUCCAUGCACCCGGCCACCGAGUCACAGGUGUCGCCCUCCAUACCUUACGAUCCCAACGAGCUUCCCGAAGGGUGGGAGGAGAGGAGAACUGCCAAUGGUCGUGUGCAUUACGUGAACCAUGUCACGAGAACCACUCAGUGGGAGCGGCCGACUCG